GUUAAUAUUGUAAAUAUGUCUGACAUUCCCGUGCGCCCGCCUGCGCCUCCACCGCCGCUGCCUGCUGGCUGGACCGAACAUAAAGCGCCAUCAGGCCACUCCUACUACUAUCACAAGGAAACGAAGAAAUCUACCUAUGUCCGCCCCAUCGCUCAACCCCCCAUUCACUAUCCCAUCGCUCCUCCCAUUGCUCCCCCCGCCGCACCUCAGCCGUACAAGAGCUCAUCCCUCGGCGCAAGCUCAUCCGCCGAGAGCUACCACGUACCCGCCCCUCAGAAUGUUUUCGAUCCAAGAAAGCAAGUUGAGAAUCUCAUCUUCGGAGAUUCUCAUUCAACACGCCAGUUCCACAACCAGCGGGGCCAAGAAUCUUCUCGCGGCGCGCCCAGAGGUGGAGCUCGUGGUGGACACAAUAAUUUCCCCGACAGGAAACGCCAUGUCCAUGAUCGUCCCAAACAUCGCAAUGAUAUCCCCGGUUGUGCCCCUUGGGUUCUUGUCAAGACAAAGCUUGGCCGGAGAUUUGUUUGGAACAAGGAAACCAAUGAAAGCUUUUGGAAAUUUCCUCCCCACGUCAUGAAGGCCGUCGUCGAGUUUGAUCGUGUGGAACGUGAGAAGAAGGAGCGUAGAGAACGUGGUGAGCCCAGCGAUGAUGAAGCGGAGAUGGAAAUGGCCGAGCUUGAAGCGGAACUGGCCGCCGCGGAAGAGGAAAUCGAACAACAGAUCGUCGAGGUGGACGGCGAAGAAGGUAUGGAGGAUGCGGAAGAAUAUGAGGAGGUCGAGGUGACAGAUGAUGAAGUGGCAGAUACAUCACAUCCUCAAAAACGGCAAAGAACAGACGCAAACGCACAGGAUCAAGAUAUGGGUGCGCAAGAAGAUGACGAUCUCGCAUGGCAAUUGGCGCAGAUGGAAGAGAUGGAAGGCGGGUUCGAUGAUCAGUACGAUGACGACGAGCCGCCACUCUCAGAGGAGGAUUGUAAAGCGUUGUUCAAGGAACUACUCGAUGACACAAACACAAGUCCUUACACACCUUGGGACAAAGUGCUCGAAAGCGGUGCCCUGUAUGAUGACGAGCGCUACAAGGCGCUGACGAGCAUGAGCGCGCGCAAAGACUGCUUCAAUGAGUGGGCAAAAGAAAAAUCGCAGAUUCUAAAGGAACAAAAAGCCCAGCAAAAGAAGAUCGAUCCGCGCAUACCAUACAUAGCUCUGCUCGAUCGUUUCGCGACACCGAAGCUCUACUGGCCCGAAUUCAAACGCAAAUACCGGAAAGAACCGGAGAUGAAAGAUACAAAAUUGCCCGAGAAAGAGAAGGAAAAACUUUAUCGUGAACAUAUCAAGCGAUUAGGUAUGCGUUCUUCGGACUUGAAGUCCGACCUCGUUUCCCUUCUGCGCGCUCAACCUCUUUCUACGCUCAACCAUUCCACAUCGCUAUCGACUCUCCCCGAAACUAUACUAAGCGAUCUUCGCUUUAUAUCCCUCGCAUCAUCCACGCGCGAUCCCGUCAUCGAAACAUACCUAUCCACACUGCCACCACCACCCGAAGGCAAUCUCGAUCCUGCAGAAGAAGACGCUGAGACCGCAAAGAAGAGGGAAGAGAGGAAGCGUAGAGAAAAGGCACUUGCACAGCGUGAGAGGAAGGUCAGGGAAGAGAAAAGAAGGCAAGAGCGAGAUUUAGCUUACGGGAAGGGCAGGCUACGGGAGGAGGAGAUGGAGAUCGAGAGGGCCAUGAACAUUGGAAAGGAGGGACUAAAAGGCCAACUUCAGGGCUAG